AUGGUCAGUUCCAGCAGCCCCAGCCCCCCCAACAGCAGGGUCAGGGCCAGCAGGGCUUCAUGCAUCAGGGCCAGCCUGGUCAACCUGGCCAGACCCAGCCUGGUGGAGGGGGAGGAGGGCCGCAGCAGGGUGGGGGAGGCCCCCAGGGGCCCCAGCCGGGUCCAGGGCAGGGCCAACAAGGACAGGGCUACCCUGGAACCAUGUCCCAGCAGGUAGCCACAGCCCUGCAACAGAGGCUACAGCACCAGAUGCAGAUGCAACAGCAGCAGCAACAACAGCAGGAUGGGGGUGGGGGGCCUGGGCAGCUCCAACAGGGGCAGCAGGGUCCCCAGCAAGGCCAAGGUGGUCCCCCCCAGCCCCAGUCUUCCCAUGCCAUGCUCCAGCAGGCCCUCCACCAGAGACUUCUCCAGCAGCAACACCUAGGAGGGGGCUCGCCCGCACAGCACGGCAGUCCUAUGAGCCCCCAGCAGCAGAUGGCCCAGUCCCCACACCCCCACCUCCAGGGCCAGGCUCUGGGCGGUCAGUCCCUCAGUAACCAGGUGCGUUCCCCUCAGCCCUCCCCUCGGCCACAGUCCCAGCCGCACCACUCCAGCCCCUCGCCACGCAUGCAGCCCCAGCCCUCCCCUCACCGCAUCUCCCCCCAGACCCAGACAGGCUCCCCGCACCUGGGUCACCUCUCCCAGCACCACCCUGGCAUGGUGGCCCCCCAAAACCCACAACAAUUGUCACAGCAACAACAACAGCAGGCUAACUCUGGGGACCCGGGUACGUUUGGUUCGGACCCGAGUGCUAUGAUGUCCCAGAUAAGUGGGAUGGGGGGCUUGCAUGGCACAGGGCAGUCGGACAUGUUGGGUAAUAACCAGGACCUGGGAACGAACAUUAACCACAACAGUUUAGACAUUAUGUAG